AUGGCCGCCAAGGGCCCCAAGCAGACUCCUGAGGAGGCUGCCGCUCCCCAGCCCCCCGAAAUCUCCAUCGAGUCCGUCGAGUCCGUCGCCUCCACCUCGUCCCUCGUCGACGUCGACAUGCCUAGCGUACACACGGUCCCCCACGACUUCAACGAGCAGGAAGUCAAGACCGACACCCAGGCCGACCGCAUCGAGCGCGAGGAGGAGGAGCAGAAGGCCCGCGCCGAGGCCGACCUGGCCAAGAAGAAGGCCGCCGGCAAGGCCCGCAAGGCCGACUCGUGGUUGAAGCGCCAGUUCUCCUCCCUCAGCGACGGCAGCGCAUCCGCUCUCGUCAUCACCAAUCUUGUUGGCGUCGUCGGCCUCAGCACCUUCCUCGGCUACAAGGCCUGGGGUCUGUACGAGCGUGGCCGCCUGUCGUGGCAGAACAUCGGCCUGGGACUUGGUAUCCUGGGUGUUGUCGGUCUUGGUGAGGGUAUCUUUGGAAGCUACCUCUACAAGACCAAGGGCAAGAAAUAA